UCCCGGUGCCCGCCGCCCGGCUGCUCGCAGCUCCAGCUCCUGCCCGGCGCUCUGGCCCGGCUCGGGCUCCUGGGUACAGGACCGCGCGACUGGCCGGCCGAGCCCCGGGCCGGCCGCGGGAGCAGGGCCCAGGAUGGCGCUCUCCCUGACGGGGCUCGUGGCCUUCUCCUUCCUGCAAGCCACCCUUGCCCUGAAUCCUGAGGACCCCAACGUGUGCAGCCACUGGGAAAGCUACGCUGUGACUGUCCAGGAAUCGUAUGCACACCCCUUCGAUCAGAUCUAUUACACACGAUGCACAGACAUCCUCAACUGGUUCAAGUGCACCAGGCACCGGAUCAGUUAUAAGACGGCGUAUCGGAGAGGCCUGCGAACCAUGUACCGGCGGAGGUCCCAGUGCUGCCCGGGCUACUAUGAGAACGGAGACUUCUGCAUACCCCUGUGUACGGAGGAGUGUGUGCAUGGCCGCUGCGUUUCCCCGGACACCUGCCACUGCGAGCCCGGCUGGGGAGGGCCCGACUGCUCCAGCGGCUGUGACAGCGACCACUGGGGCCCCCACUGCAGCAACCGGUGCCAGUGCCAGAAUGGCGCCCUCUGUAACCCCAUCACAGGCGCCUGCGUGUGCGCCGCCGGCUUCCGUGGAUGGCGCUGCGAGGAGCUCUGCGCGCCUGGCACCCACGGCAAGGGAUGCCAGCUGCCGUGCCAGUGCCGCCACGGCGCCAGCUGUGACCCCCGCACCGGCGAGUGCCUCUGCGCGCCUGGCUAUACCGGCGUCUACUGUGAGGAGCUGUGCCCUCCUGGGAGCCACGGAGCUCACUGUGAGCUGCGCUGCCCCUGCCAGAAUGGGGGCACCUGCCACCACAUCACUGGCGAGUGUGCCUGCCCCCCAGGCUGGACGGGAGCAGUGUGUGCCCAGCCCUGCCCACCAGGGACAUUUGGCCAGAACUGCAGCCAGGACUGUCCUUGCCACCAUGGAGGACAGUGUGACCACGUGACUGGACAGUGCCACUGUACAGCUGGAUACAUGGGGGACAGGUGCCAAGAGGAGUGCCCCUUCGGGACCUUCGGCUUCCAGUGCUCGCAGCGCUGCGACUGCCACAAUGGGGGGCAGUGCUCACCCACCACGGGUGCCUGCGAGUGUGAGCCUGGCUACAAGGGUCCGCGCUGCCAGGAGCGGCUGUGCCCCGAGGGCCUGCAUGGCCCAGGCUGCACCCUCCCCUGCCUCUGUGAUGCUGACAACACCAUCAGCUGCCACCCAGUAACCGGAGCUUGUACCUGCCAGCCAGGCUGGUCUGGUCGCCACUGCAGUGAACCGUGCCCUGCUGGCUACUAUGGUGAUGGCUGCCAGCUGCCUUGCACCUGUCAGAACGGCGCCGACUGCCACAGCAUCACUGGGGGCUGCACUUGUGCCCCGGGCUUCAUGGGAGAGGUCUGUGCCAUUUCCUGUGCAGCAGGGACUUACGGCCCCAACUGCUCGUCCAUCUGUAGCUGUCACAAUGGUGGCACCUGCUCCCCAGUAGAUGGCUCCUGUACCUGCAAGGAAGGGUGGCAGGGCCCGGACUGCACCCUGCCGUGUCCCAGUGGGACGUGGGGCCUGAACUGCAAUGAGAGCUGCACCUGUGCCAAUGGGGCAGCGUGCAGCCCCACAGAUGGCUCUUGCUCCUGCACCCCUGGCUGGCUGGGAGACGCCUGUGAGCUGCCUUGCCCGGAUGGCACCUUUGGGCUGAACUGCAGUGAACACUGUGACUGCAGCCAUGCUGACGGGUGUGACCCAGUCACAGGCCACUGCUGCUGCCUGGCCGGAUGGACAGGUAUCCACUGUGACAGCACGUGUCCACCUGGCCGCUGGGGCCCCAACUGCUCCGUUUCCUGCAGCUGUGAGAAUGGAGGCUCCUGCUCGCCAGAGGAUGGGAGCUGCGAGUGUGCCCCUGGCUUCCGAGGACCCUUAUGCCAGAGAAUCUGCCCCCCUGGGUUCUAUGGCCACAGCUGCGCCCAGCCUUGCCCCCUCUGCGUGCACAGCAGCGGGCCCUGCCACCAUGUCAGCGGUAUCUGUGAGUGCCUCCCAGGAUUCUCCGGAGCCCUCUGCAACCAAGUGUGUGCUGGAGGACACUUUGGGCAGGACUGUGCCCAGCUCUGUUCCUGUGCCAACAACGGGACCUGCAGCCCUAUCGAUGGCUCCUGCCAGUGCUUCCCUGGAUGGAUUGGCAAGGACUGCUCACAGGCUUGCCCACCCGGGUUCUGGGGCCCUGCCUGCUUCCACACAUGCAGCUGCCACAACGGGGCAAGCUGCAGCGCCGAGGACGGGGCCUGCCACUGCACCCCUGGCUGGACUGGACUCUUCUGCACACAGCGCUGCCCAGCAGCAUUUUUUGGGAAGGACUGUGGGCGCGUAUGCCAGUGUCAGAAUGGCGCCAGCUGUGACCACAUCAGUGGCAAGUGCACCUGCCGCACAGGCUUCACCGGGCAACACUGCGAGCAGAGAUGUGCCCCAGGAACCUUUGGUUACGGCUGUCAGCAGCUAUGUGAGUGCAUGAACAACUCCACCUGUGACCAUGUCACCGGCACCUGUUACUGCAGCCCUGGCUUCAAAGGAAUCAGGUGUGACCAAGCUGCCCUCAUGAUGGAGGAGCUGAAUCCCUACACCAAGAUCAGCCCAGCCCUGGGUGCAGAGCAGCACUCGGUGGGUGCUGUCACAGGCAUCAUGCUGCUGUUAUUCCUCAUUGUGGUGCUGCUGGGCCUAUUUGCCUGGCAUCGGCGGCGGCAGAAAGAGAAGGUCCGAGAGCUAGCUCCCCGCGUCUCCUACACACCUGCUGUGAGGAUGACCAGCACUGACUACUCCCUCUCAGAUUUGUCUCAAAGUAGCAGCCAUGCCCACUGCUUUUCCAAUUCCAGCUACCACGCACUGGCGUGUGGGGGGCCUGCCACCAGCCAGGCCAGCACUCUGGACAGGAACAGCCCCACCAAGCUCAGUAACAAGUCCCUUGACAGAGACACAGCAGGCUGGACCCCCUACAGCUAUGUGAACGUGUUAGACUCCCAUUUCCAGAUCAGUGCCCUGGAGGCCAGGUACCCACCCGAGGACUUCUACAUUGAACUUAGACACCUCAGCCGCCCCGCUGAGCCACACUCACCAGGUGUUUGUGGAAUGGAUAGACGUCAGAACACAUACAUUAUGGACAAAGGCUUCAAAGAUGCCAACUAAAUGUCUUCGGAAGUGUAAAGCGUCAUUAUCCAACCAAUUAGUACGAGCUAAAUUGAUUAUAAAAUCUGAAAUAAAGUUGAUCUACUUGCCCCAGAAGCCUCCUGUCGUUGCACUAGUGAGGAAUGCCACCCUGCACCUGCUGGCUUUCUGGGGGCACAAGGAAUGAAAAUGAUAUGCAGUGUUAAUACUGUACGGCACUCCAACCUCAAGAGAUCUCUGCCUCCAAGAGCAGAGAAGCCAGGACAAAUCUCUAACACAUGGGAACUGCAAGCUGGAUCAUCCUUCUAAGAAGUCUACAGGUGAAGCCAAAGAUGAAAGGUCAGGUCCUGCCCUAGGUUUAAAUGCCAGAAUGUGUGAAAUAGGGGGCUUUGCAACUCCGUCACUUGCCACUCUGUUUAUUAACUGCGGCUUUAGACUGUGAGCUCUCUAAGGCUCAGUUUCCUCAUCUGCAAGGUUGGGAUAAUAAUGCCUAUCCUAUUAUCUAAUACCUGUCCUAUUGUCCAACAAAGUUAUCAUGAGUAACCAAUAAAAUCACAGAUGGGAA